AUGCUAUUAUCUCCAGCUGAACGUUCAUACAUAUACGACUCCUUGUGUCAAAAGGACCCUAUACGGCCAGAUGGUCGUACGCCCUUACAGUUCCGUCCACUAGAAGCUACCACGGACUUCUUACCUGGAUCCAAUGGAUCUGCAAGAAUCAGAAUUGCAGAUGGCAGUGAAUGUAUUGUGAGUGUGAAGUCAAAGGUUGUUCUUUCGGAAAAGGAAGCCAAUCUCAUUGAAUGGGAUGUGGAUGUGAGCGGCUACAGAGAUGACUCAAAUUUUGUUUCUAACUUGAAGUUCAGUUUGACGGACUUGUACAUGAAGAACUUCCCCUGUGAGAAAUUGAAGCUUACCGCCAAAUAUUCUUACAAGCUAUUUCUUGACUGUAUCAUUGUUAGUCAUUCAUCAUAUCCCUUGACUCUUGCUACGAUGGCUUCAUACUUGGCUCUCAAAUCAACCAGAUUACCUUUGCUCGUGAGUGAGGUAGACGAUUCGCAGGUAGAAGAACAGCCUACAUUUUCAGACGACUGGGAAAAAGCGCAGUACCUCGCUGAAUUCUUUAAAACCGAGAGUUUCUCUCCUCCUUUGUACAUUACUGUUGGUAUCGUUGGCGAGAAUGUGUUUGUUGACCCAUCAGAAACUGAGGAACAAGUCCUCGAAAAUGGCCUCUUAAUUGGCUACUCUGAAAAGAAAUGCAUUGCCCCUAUCACUAACCUCAAUCUUGCUACAAACUCCAACAAUUCUAACUUCAAAGGCUUUACCCCUGCCUUGCUCAUAUCUACUGUUGACCUUUUGAAGGGACAUCUUUCCUCUAUUGUGGAUGCCUUGGAUACUUUGGACAAGCAAGAUAAGGAAGACAGAACCCAAUCCAUUUUCUAG